GGGAUAAAUGCAAAGCAGAGUAUAUAGUCAAGUGACUCAAGUCAAUUGUUUGUUUGUAGCGGAGAAGCCGCUGGAUGUCUUGAGCUGAUUUGAAUUUCCCAGAACCAUGUCACCUGAUGGCAGGUACACUGGUACUGUCCCGAAGACUAGUACACAUAAAGGGUCUACACGGAGAGAUACAUCUGCUUUGCGAAGGCAGGAACACAGAAGCAAUGUACCUAAUAACCUUGUAUCACAAGAUAGCAGAUAUACAGGCAGCAUAUCGCAGCACAGUCAAAGGCAUACACGAAAAGCCAGCAAUACUCGAACUGAGAGUUUAGAUCCAGGUCCUGUUGACUGUACUAGUAUUGGGACACAUCAUCUCCUACACACUGAAGAAUUACAGGGAAAUUGGAGUGUCCACAAUUUUCUCCCAGCAACCAUGAAUGGCCACGAAGCAACAGCAGCUCGCAAUAUGGUUCAAGAUAAGGACAGUAAGAGUAAUAUAUCAAAGCCUGAUCGUGCCCAAGUUGUUAGUCGUCUGAAUCAGAUUCGAGACUACAUUAAACAAACAACCACAUUGAUGGACGCCUUGAAAGCCUCAGGUGACCCGCGCCAAGAAGCACAACGUCAGAAGUUGUCAGGAAUGGUGGAAGAUUUGCGUGACAGUGAGAGCAAACUCCAGUCGUUGGCUGACAAGCUCGAACGUGCUGAACGUCGUCUUUCACACUGCGAGCGCCAGAACAGUUCAGAGACUGGUAGUUGCGCCUCAUCCACUCGAAGUUAUAGUCAUUCAGAAGAACGUGAGAGACGGAGCACAUCAUUGGUAAGAGCUGCUGCCACAGCAAAGCACAAUGAGUUAAAGCUUAUGGUAGAGGAGUCUCAGAGAAAGUUGCAGGCACUACAAGAACAUCAGGCAGCCCUGGUGGCGCUGCAGCAGAAAGCAAAAGAACAGUUACAACGAACAAAGGCAGCACAAAAUACUGUAUCUUCAAUAGAAUCAGGAAUUGGCACAGGUGAUCAGCCACAAAGUAGCUCGGAUGUCCUCAGAGAUGUGCAGAAUCUUCAACAUCGAAUAUCAGUCUUGCAUGAAUUUUAUGACAACAGAAAUCAGAUAGUAGAGCUGUUGGGUGAACGGGACGAAGCAUUACUUUCUGAGCACACAGUUUUACAAGACAAGUUGACAGAACUGCAAGUGAAGAAACGACACAUGGAUCAGCUGUUGGCACAGUUCUCAGCUCUAAACAAUUCAGAUGCUAACGAUGAGGCUGGUGAGACAGGCAGUUUAGCAGAAGGUAGUGAUGGUGAUGUGGAUGUGGUCGUGGAGCAGGUCCAAAACAGAAUGGCUGAGUUCUCAUCACUUAAAAGCCAGCUGGCUCAUCUUCAGAACGUUGUUGCCACUAUUAAUCUUGACUCAUCUGGUGGGGAGAGAGACAAUCCUGAGCAGAAUGAAGCAGAGCAGGAGAAUGAACUUGCAGUAAAUCUUUGUGUUCGUAACAAACCUGAUAACAUCAGCAGUGAAGGUGAACGGGAGAGAGCACGUGACAUCCACAAUAAAGCAAUCAAACUACAAGAAGCAAGGGCACGGCUGCAACAUUUGCAACAGCUUCUUGCAACAGUAGUUGAUCUCCAGAGCAGUGGACAGUCUGUGCCUCAACAUUACCUUGACCAGUUGGCACAAGAGACAGCUAGUGAUGAUGGGAGCAAAGAAGCAGCUCCCCAAGACAGUCCAGCAGAGGUGACUUCACAGGCAGAACAGGAAAGGCAUUCAUUUGAAAGGCCUCCUCUGAAAGAAAAACGAACUAACACACAGGCUGAUGCACAACGAUUACAAGCAAGACGGCGUGAAUUGGAGCAGUUGAUGCAAAAGGAUCAGUGCCAGUCAUCAUCUGUGAAUCAGAGUGAACCAGGUUGUGGCACUGGUGAUACUGGCACAAGUAAUGCGACGUGGGGGAACUCCACACAGAUUACUCUGGAGGACCUGGAUGAUGGCAGAGCAGGAUUCUCUAGUGAUGAUAACCUGUGUGAAGAAAACAAUGACAUCCCCUCAGUUUCUUCCCAGCGUAAUGCAAGACUCAGUUGCAGUGGCAGUAAUCGCAAAGAUAUAUUAGAGCAUAACACAUCUUCAAACAGGGAUGCUGUAGAUAUGUCUUUGGAUUCAAGUAUGCCUGGAUCUGCUGCUCGUCCAAGUUCACAGAAUAUCUGGAGGAAAAUCUCUUCUGGAAGCAAUAAUGCUGCACCAAGAGCAGUUUGGACUCCUUCAUCACAGCACUGUAAUGUUCCUGAGGACACUGGUAGCACAGCAAAUUUUGGAACAAAUCAUGAUGGAGAAGCCAAUUCUACCAACCACAGCAAUUACAAUCCGUGGCAACAUGCUCUUCUGCUGGAACAGCAACAGCAACAACAACACCAGCAGUACAAUGCAAAUAGUUAUUACCAACAACUUUGGGCAGCAAGUCAAGUGCAACAACAGCAAGCUUUGCUUACAACUGUUAAUCAGUGCUGUCAAAUGCUGUGGUCUCAACAGCGGGAAAUUGCAUCACUACGUGCUGCUGUCAGUGCACUACAACAAGAACGAGUCGGGACCAGAUUGGAGACACAGCUGCCUCUUUCAAAUGAGCUUCUGAAUGAGUCUUCCACAAUUCAGAAUGCCAAACCUGUUCCUGCUGUUAAUAAUGGUGGUCCAUACAGUUCUGGAUUGCUUGCGGAUAGCGUUGCAAGUGCACACUCACUCCCUAACUUGGUGGUUCCUUCAGCAGCUCCUGUUCAUACUCUCCCUCUUCCUGUACCAGUGCCAGCUCCGCCUCCUCCACCGUCUUCUGUUGUGCGAUCACCACAAGCACUGAAUAACCAAGUACCACCAGGAAACCGCGCCAAUAACUACUGGGACAAUUUCCGGAGCUACUCUAGGCAAAAUCUUUUGUCAACAUCUACAAAAACAAAUGAAGUGCUCUCUGAACGAUCUCGAAAUGCUUUACAUUCUUCUUGUCGUCAAGUGAGCCAGCAAAAGCCAGUAGCAUCCUCAGCCAUUUCUCCAGAUCAUUCUGUUGUAGCAGCAAGUUCAUCAUCACUGCCCUGCAAAGAGAAGUUGAACACUAAAUGUCUUGAUGGAAACGUUGGAAAUGUUAGUUUGCCUGGAAGGUGGCCUAUUCAAGAUCAUACCAACAAUUCAUCAGGGAAUACGGGACAUCAAGUAAAUCGGCAUAAACAAAAGAAGCCAUCCAUGGAGCAGUCACUUGGUGAAGUUUUAUACUCUGAAUUUACUGCACUAGUUGCUGCAAAUGAGAACCAACAACAUUUCUUCUUACAGCUGUUUGAAAAUUUGAAACAAGUCAAUUCAGAACCACUGCGCCAGGGCACUCUUCAAGUGUUACAAAAUUUUCUUUCCCAGCAAUCUCACAACAAUAAUCCUUUGAAUAGCACCCAGUCAACUGAAACGCCACAUCCACAAAGUGAUACAAGAACUACUGAAAAUGCCACUACUGAAAGUUUUGCGUCGAGCACUGGGGAUGUUGUUAUUAAGAGUGAAGUUUCCGGAUGUUCAGAUUUGUUUUCUUGUGAAUAUGAUGACAAUAUUGAGGGAGCAGCAGCAUUGGCGCCUCAACAUGCUGUGUGGAACAAUAAGGAUGCCUUUGACCUCACUUUGCAAGUUGGCUAUGGGCAAAAGCUGGACUGGGAAGUGCAAGCAGUUCUAGUUGAUAUUAUCCCUUUUCUAAAAGCUCAUCUAGAUGAUAUAUGCACUCCUGCACUACUAGAAGCAGUACGAGAGUUGGCAGUGCAUCUGCCACCUACACUUUCUGUUGCAUCUAAUGUUGUAGCUGCCACUGCUGGUGGUGAUUCCCAUGGCCAACUUGAUGCUUUGCUUGAAGAUGCUUUACUCAAAUUUCAAGGUUGUCGACUGCGAGAUGUUGGGGAAGAAUUGCUCACUGCAAUUGCUGAAGUUGUGCAGAGUGAACUGACCUUUUUGCGUUUUGUGGACACUGUUCGGAGAGACGAGGAGCCAUCUGGACCUGUGACCACUGAGAAUAUUACAGAGACUUUCAGCGUAACAGACAAUCCGGAACCAGCUGAUCCUGUGACCACUGACAAUAUAGCAGAGAAUUUUACCACAGCAAACAACCAGGAAGCAACUGAACCUGCCAGCACUGAAAAUAAUGCAGAGAGUUUUCCUUCAGCAAUCGAUCAGGGCCAUGGAGAAACUGUGGCACCAGACGACUGCAAUCGUGAUUUGGCAGAAGCUGACCAGUCAUGCCCUGAUGACUGUGUUGAUGUCCAGCCCCAUAUAUCUGAUUCUGCCGUACCGACUGAAUGCAGUAAUGAAUUGCAGGUUGGCUAUGGACAAAAGCUGGACUGGGAAGUGCAAGCAGUUCUAGUUGAUAUUAUCCCUUUUCUAAAAGCCCAUCUGGAUGAUAUAUGCACUCCAGCAUUGCUAGAAGCUGUGCGAGAGUUGGCAGUGCAUCUGCCACCUACACUUUCUGUUGCAUCUAAUGUUGUAGCCACCACUGCUGCUGGAGGUUCUCAUGGGCAGCUUGAUGCUUUGCUGGAGGACGCUUUACUCAAAUUUCACGGUUGUCGACUACGAGAUGUUGGAGAAGAAUUGCUCACUGCAAUUGCUGAAGUUGUGCAGAGUGAACUGACCUUUUUGCGUUUGGUGGACACUGUUAGGAGAGACUCUGAGGAACCAACUGAACCUGUGACCACAGAAAAUAUUGCAGAGACUUUUACCUUGGCAAACAAGCAGGAAACAGCUGAACCUGCCUCCACCACUGAAAAUAUUACAGAGGCUUCUUCCCCAGUGACCAAUCAGGAUUCUGCUGAACUAUGGGUCAUUGAAAGUAUUUCAGAAGCAUCCACCUCACCAAAUGAUCGGGGACACACGGAAACUGUUGCUCCAGAGGACUGCAAUGGAGAUUUGGCAGAAGCUGACCAGUCAUGCCCUGAUGACUGUGUCGACGUCCGGCUCCAUACACCUGUUCCUGCUGCACCUUCCGAAUGCAGUAAUGAAGCCGAGGCCCACUGGGAGAUGGAUCAGUCUUUAGACCAAAUUCCAUCUCGACUUCUUAACAGCUUUCCGGGUGUUGAUACCUCAUCACCAUCAUGUUUGUGAAGUUGUAGCUGGCUCUAGUACACCUAUAUAUUUUUGGAAGACUGGUUAUUUAUAUUUAUUAAGUUGUUUUUGUGUACUAUGGGCAACAUGAGUGUCCUGCUCCCUCAUAAGAUAUAUUGACCAAAUAAAUUUAUUUCUCCCAUUUUUGAAUGGCUCUCUUGUUUAGUGAAGUCUUCUCUCAGUUGUAAAUUACAAGAGAAGAGAAUCAAAUUUUAUUUGUACAUAAAAGAGAUGACAAAGAAAAUAAUGAUCAUGCCAGCAGGAACACUCAGAAAUAAACACUGAAUCUCAGUCAUCAAAAGUCUUAAUAAAAUGACAAAAUAAGAGGGAGAGCAAAUACUAUUCAUGGUUUGUUAAUCAUUGUACUAUUGCUAGUGUAACUUCCAUAUACUUCCAUCUUCUUGCAGUGUGCAGUUCAAAAAUGUAUCCUUGUGUCGGUGUUCAUUUAUCUCAUCUUUUUCGUGCACAUCAUUAAUAGGGUGUCGUGUUACUUUUCCAGCCUUUUUUAAAGCAUUCUCAGUAUUUGUAACUGGCCAAGUUUCUUGCAGGGCACAUUCUGAAGUACAAAACCAAACUACUAGAUGCCUUGAAUAGCCCAAAUGAUUUGUGUCUUUCUUGAAAUAAAAGCACGUCAUAAAUAAAAAAUAAAAAAAAAUUCUCAACACAAAUUUUGCUUCUUCUAGACAUGUUACAUCUUACAUGACCGAUGUUUUGCUCGGUUCCAAACAAAG